UGCUGGCAGAAUACUCGUACUAAUCACUUACCCCGGGCGGUCUUGAAUAUAUGUUCUGAUGCGGUUAAAGGUGUAGGAUAGUCUUGCAAGUGAAAGAAACGGUCUUGUCUACCAGUACAAUGAGAAAAUACCCGUCCCUCCUCUCCCUGGCUCUGGUCUGCUGCUGCUGUAGCAUACAGGCUGAAGUCUUCACCUCUAUAGGUCAAAUGACAGACCUGAUAUACACAGAGAAGGAGUUGGUUCAGUCCUUGAAAGAAUACAUCAAAGCAGAGGAAUCCAAACUAGAUGCUGUGAAAAGCUGGGCCAACAAGCUGGACGUGCUGACGCGUGCCUCCACCUUAGACCCGGAGGGCUACCUGGCCCACCCCGUCAACGCCUACAAGCUGAUGAAGAGGCUCAACACGGAGUGGUCCGAGCUGGAGAGCCUGGUGCUGCAGGACCCUUCAGACGGGUUCAUCUCCAACAUGACAGUACACAGGCAGUACUUCCCUGACCAGGAGGAUGAGAAAGGUGCUGCCAAGGCACUGAUGCGUCUCCAGGACACGUACAAACUGGACUCUGAGAGUUUCGCCAGGGGCAAACUGCCAGGGAUGCACCACAAUGCCAUCCUGACAGUGGAUGACUGUUACGAUAUGGGGAAGACGGCGUACAACGAGGCAGACUACUACCACGCGGUGCUGUGGAUGCAGCAGGCCCUCAGGCAGAUGGAUGCAGAGGAGGAGCACGUGGUGUCCAAGGCCGAUGUCCUGGACUAUCUCAGCUACUCCGUCUACCAGAUGGGAGACCUGCCCCGCUCCAUCGAGUUGACACGCCGCCUAGUGGCCAUCGACUCUAGCCACCAGAGGGCAGGAGGAAACCUGCGUUACUUUGAGAAGCUGCUGUCCAAGCAGCUGAACGAGCUGAACCAGGAGGGCCAGGAGCCAGCCACCGAGGAGCCCAUCCAGCUGGGGACCUACAAGAGACCCAAAGACUACCUGCCUGAAAGGGAGAUCUAUGAGGCCCUGUGCAGGGGAGAGGGAGUCAAAAUGACCACUGAGAGGCGCAGCCGGCUGUACUGCCGCUACCAUGACGGGAACAGGAACCCUCGUCUGCUGCUCCAGCCCAUGAAGGAGGAGGAUGAGUGGGACAGCCCACACAUCGUCCGCUAUCUCAACGCUCUGUCAGACCAGGAGAUAGAGAAGAUCAAGGAGCUGGCCAAGCCCAGGCUUGCAAGAGCUACUGUUAGAGACCCCAUAACAGGCAUUCUGACCACAGCAAACUACAGGGUAUCCAAAAGUGCUUGGCUGGAGGGGGAAGACGACCCUGUUAUUGAACGCGUCAACCAAAGGAUAGAGGACAUCACAGGCCUGACAACGCAGACUGCCGAACUACUUCAGGUUGCUAACUAUGGGGUCGGAGGACAAUACGAGCCACAUUUUGAUUUCUCCAGGAAAGAGGAACCUGAUGCUUUCAAAACAUUAGGCACUGGAAAUCGUGUGGCUACUUUUUUAAAUUACAUGAGUGAUGUUGAAGCUGGAGGAGCCACUGUGUUCCCAGACUUUGGAGCAGCUAUCUAUCCCAAAAAGGGAACUGCAGUCUUCUGGUACAACCUCUUUAGGAGUGGAGAGGGAGACUACAGGACCAGACACGCUGCCUGUCCUGUGUUAGUAGGAAGUAAAUGGGUGUCCAACAAAUGGAUCCAUGAGCGAGGUCAAGAGUUUAGGAGGCCAUGUGGCCUGACAGAAGUGGACUGAACCGAACCUCUCACCACUGACCUCAGACUGGAGGUGUACACUCUACCUACAGUGCCUGAACAUUUUAUUGAUCUCUCUCUCUCUCUCUCUCUCUCUCUCUCUCUCUCUCUCUCUCUCUCUCUCUCUCUCUCUCUCUCUCUCUCUCACUCACUCACUCACUCACUCAC